CCGGCAAAAUGGGCGAUAUAGCACGACGAGCAUCUGAUCACAUUUUAGAAGUGAUAUUCUCAUAUCUGGAUCUGCACACGCUGAGAAAUUGCUCGCUGGUGUGCAAGAGGUGGUAUCAGUUCCUCAACGACGAGAAUAACCACGUGUGGCGGAUGCACUGUAUUAGGAAAUUAGCUCAGGAGGCCCUUAGUUCGGAUUUGUUGUCAUCUGUGCCUACCUACAAGUCGAAGCUUCGUGCUUUCUAUCACGCGUGGAAUCCGAACGAUUGCUCGCGCAAUAUCUACAUCAAACCCAAUGGAUUCACCCUGCACAGAAACCCCGUGGCACAGAGCACAGACGCGUGUAGAGGUAAAAUAGGCUUUAGGCACGGGCGCCACGCUUGGGAAGUUAUUUGGGAAGGACCAUUAGGAACAGUAGCUGUAAUAGGAAUUGCUACUAAAGAAGCACCCCUUUUGUGCCAUGGAUAUGUAGCAUUGCUCGGCUCUGACGAACAUUCCUGGGGUUGGAAUCUCGUCGAUAACCAUUUACUGCACAAUGGGGACCCGCAGGGAAAUUAUCCUUUGCUCAAUAAUGCCCCAAAGUAUCAGGUUGGAGAAAGAAUUAGGGUAAUUUUGGAUUGUGACGAUAAUACAUUAUCAUUUGAGAAGAACUAUGAAUUUCUGGGGGUAGCUUUUAGAGGAUUGCCAGAUAAGAGAUUAUACCCAUCUGUGUCUGCAGUUUAUGGAAAAACUGAAGUGUCUAUGGUAUACUUAGGACCACCACUGGAUGGCUAACACAUUACAUUUUGAAACAUAUCUGCGAAAGUUAAGUAUUUUAAGUAAUUGCUUAUGGAUAUAUUUCUCAGUAAUUUUUACUGAAAGAUUUCUCUCGGUAGAUGAUACCACGUUGUACAAAUAUUGCCAUUUUAUUCCCAGAUAAAAUUUGGGUAUCACCAGUCAUUCUCAGCGUACAUGUAUAUAUUAGUAAUAAAUUUGCCAUAUAUUUGAUACCCUUAUGCGGUAUUUA